CUGCGGAGCGGCUGACCGGCCUCUCGGCCGCCGCGAGUCAUGGCCUUUUCCGUGCCGGGCUACUCGCCCAGCUUCAAAAAGCCGCCGGAGGUUCUGCGGCUGCGACGGAAGAGGGCCCGCAGUCAGGGGGCCGCCGCCUCCCCGGCGCCUCUCCUGCCCGAGCCGGCGCCGCGCCGCGCCGCCCUGGCCGCCGGGCUGCCCCUGCGCCCCUUCCCGGCCGCCGCGGGCCGGAGUGGCGGCGGCGGGCCCGCCGCGGCGCGGAGGAACCCCUUCGCCCGCCUCGACAACCGGCCCCGGGUCGCCGCGGAGCCCCCGGCCGAGCCGCCCCGCGACCCUCAGGAGGCUGCGGACCGGUUUUUAGAUUCUAACCGAGAGAAUGAUUUGCAGUGGGAUGAGAUGAGUCCUGAAAGAACGGCUGUGACUGACGUUCCCCAGACUCCACAAGUAGCCUACAAAUCUGAUGGUCCAUCUUCAGAAGGUACUGAGUUACCUGUGGACUGGAGUAUUAAAACUCGACUCCUCUUCACCUCUUCUCAACCCUUUGCGUGGGCGGAUCAUUUGAAAGCACAGGAAGAAGCCCAGGGUCUUGUCCAGCAUUGUAGGGCAACAGAAGUUACUUUACCACAGAGUAUACAGGAUCCCAAGCUAUCCACUGAGCUCCGCUGUGCCUUCCAACAGAGCCUUAUCUAUUGGCUCCACCCUGCCUUGUCUUGGCUACCACUGUUUCCUCGAAUUGGAGCUGAUAGGAAAAUGGCUGGAAAGACAAGUCCUUGGUCAAAUGAUGAAACCCUACAACACAUUUUAAUGAGUGAAUGGUCUGUGAGCUUUACUUCUCUGUACAAUCUACUGAAGACCAAGCUUUGCCCCUAUUUCUACGUUUGCACUUACCAGUUCACUGUCCUGUUUCGAGCAGCAGGAUUAGCAGGAAAUGAUGCAAUCACAGCUCUAAUUUCACCUACAACUAGAGGUUUGAGAGAAGCUAUGAAAAAUGAAGGUAUUGAAUUUUCUCUGCCUUUAAUAAAAGAAAAUGGCCGAAAGAAGGAAGCAGCUGGAACAAGCUUGGGACAUGCGGAAGAGCAAGCAAUCAGUGAUGAGGAUGAAGAGGAAAGUUUUUCCUGGCUGGAAGAAAUGGGUGUGCAAGAUAAAAUUAAAAAGCCAGACACACUGUCAAUCAAGCUCCGUAAAGAGAAGCAUGAAGUACAAAUGGACCACAGGCCCGAGUCUGUUGUGUUGGUGAAAGGAAUCAACACUUUUACAUUACUCAAUUUUUUGAUCAACUGCAAGAGUUUAGUUGCAACCUCAGGCCCACAGGCAGGACUUCCGCCAACCCUGCUGUCCCCUAUAGCUUUCCGAGGUGCCACAAUGCAAAUGCUUAAGGCACGAAGUGUAAAUGUGAAGAGCCAGGCUCUUUCUGGAUACAAAGAUCAAUUUAGUCUGGAGAUUACAGGUCCUAUCAUGCCUCAUUGUGUGCAUUCCGUCACCAUGCUGCUCCAGUCUUCACAAAGCGGGUCUUUCUCGGCAGGACUCUAUCCACAUGAGCCAACGACUGUAUUUAAUAUAUGCCUGCCUAUGGCUAAUGUACUGGAUAAGGAGGUGGUACACAAAGAGCUUGCUAACUGUGGGUUGCAUCCUAAGACUCUGGACCAACUCAGUCAAAUACCGUUACUGGGGAAGUCAUCUUUACGGAAUGUGGAAAUGAGUGACUACGUUUAUAAUUGGAGAUCCUGAACACCAAAGUAAGCCUAAAAGGAAUCUUUGAGGAAAAAAACCUCCUAGCAAGGAAAUUCAAGAUUCUUGUCUUUGGCCUUAAAAGUUCAUUUUGCAAGUUGAAUAUUAACUUUUAUUACAUGCACUGAGCAAUAGCAUUAAGGUUUUAAGUCAACUUUUUAUUUUAAAGUUAGAUUUCCAGAUAUUGAACAUAAGUUAAACUUUUUUCAAAACAUUGAAAAUUCUUAAAAACUGAGUAUCAUUUCCUUAUGAGAAAGACUAAACCUGUAGCGACUAUCUCACAUUGUGACUAUGGCAUCAGUGCAAAACUACUACUUCCAUACAAUCUCUGUUAGAGUUCUUGUAGAAAUAAAUGCAGAUAGUAACUACUGAGCUGAUUCUUGAUGCUUCUGCUUUAGCACUUUUUGCUACUGAUUUCUAAUUCUAUUUUUAAAUACACUCAAAAAAUGUCUUAAUGCAUGUCAAUCCCGACAAAAGGGCAGUUUGUAUGCCGUACAGAAUAGUGAUGAGCGUUGUAAAACAUGCUUAGCUGCCAUGCAGCACUCUUCAGUGUGCUCACAGGUAUUUGUGUGUAUGUGUGCUUCAAAUUUUUUAAAUAAAAGUGCUUAGAAAUCGAAA